AUGCGGGUACAGUUGCAAAAUGAUCCAUCAGCACAAAUAUUUUCCGAGCAAUUACUAGAUAUUGGGAACGGUAAAAUAGAACUGCAAUCAAAUACGCAAUGCAUCAAACUGCCAGACAAUUUUCGUACUGUUCUUCAAGAUAAAAAUGAAUUGAUUCAGAGUAUUUUUCCGGAUAUACAGAAUAAUUACUUGAAUCAUAACUGGCUCAGUCAUCGGGCGAUUUUGGCAGCUAAAAAUGUUGAUGUUGACGAAAUUAACUUCCAGAUACAACUGUUGUUACCAGGCGAUCUGAUGUCUUUUAAAUCAAUCGAUACUGUUGUUGAUGAAAAUGAAAGUGUAAAUUUUCCAACUGAAUUUUUGAAUUCACUAGAUAUACCUGGAAUGCCACCCCACAAUCUUCAAUUAAAGAUUGGUUCCCCGAUUAUUCUCCUACGUAAUUUGAAUCCACCUCAAUUAUGCAACGGUACACGUUUGAUCAUUAAAAAGAUCACCGGAAACAUUCUUGAAGCAACCAUUUUAACUAGGAAGUUUAAAGGAAAAGUGGUCCUGUUGCCAUGUAUUCCAAUGAUACCGUCAGAUUCUACCAUACCUUUCAAACGGCUACAGUUUCCAAUUCAUUUAGCUUUUGCCAUGUCAAUAAAUAAGUCUCAAGGCCAAACAAUGUCCAUUUGUGGUUUAGAUUUGGAAAAUCCGUGUUUUUCUCAUGGGCAACUAUAUGUUGCAUGUUCACGUGUUGGGAAACCGUCGAAUCUAUUUGUGUUAGCUAAAGACAGGUUAACCAAAAAUAUUGUGCACCGAUUAGUGCUAAAUUAA